AUGGAUAUUCGAAGUGUUCCAAGAGUGAUGGAGAGCAAAACGAAGACAAAGAGUAAGAGAAAUAACAAAAGCAAUUCACUCAAAGUUGUGUACAUAUCUAGCCCCAUGAAGGUGAAGACUAGCGUGUCGAGGUUUCCUUCCCUCGUGCAAGAACUCACCGGGAGACACUCCGAUGUAUCGCGGUACAUGGAAGCCAAUGGUGCUGAUGCAGAUUUUCAUGAGAUUGUUUGUGAAGAUGAUAGAGUACUACCUAAGUCUACGGUGGAUGAUGAACACGCAUCUUUGAUUUCUUCCAUGGACACUUGUAGAGGAUCUCCUACAACUACAAGUUCAGAUUCAUUCUUACAGCCUAUAGAUAAGGUAAUAGUGACGGUGCAAUCUCCUGCAGUGGCAACACCUAAAUCGGAUCUCCAACAAUAUGGCAUUUAA